GGGAGACCCAGAUGAACGACAGUGGCGCAGAGUGCAAUACUACUACAGGCUACUUCUGCUGACCGCCGACUGCCUGCAAUUUGGCAGUUCAAAUCUCACCAGGCUCAAGGUUGACUCAGCCUUCCAUCUUCUGAGGUGAGAGGCCACAUCCAGGAGGCAAAGAGGACGAUCUGCUUUGCUAUAGGGAAGAAUACGACUGAAGGGCUGACUCACAUGAUGUGCAUUGAAGGGACCGAUGGUUGCAAAAGCCCGAAACCUUGUCGGUCAGAACUCAUAGUCCUUGAAUAUGGGUUGUACAGUGGAGAGCCAGCAACAAAAGUGCUUUUACAGCCUCUCACAGGAAGAACCCAUCAGCUCCGGGUCCAUUGUAGUGCCAUCGGGCACCCAAUUGUUGGGGACUUUACCUAUAGCUUUAAGAAGGACAGUGCUCCAUAUCGGAUGAUGCUGCAUGCGUAUUAUUUGUGCAUUCCAACCGGCAAGGAGCUUAUCGAAGUGAGCGCUCCAGACCCCUUUGUUCCCUCCUUCGACAGCAGUUGGGUCCCUCAGCGUCUUACACACCACUUGGAUGAGCUGAUCCAAGAAUUGAAAGACAAGGGCAUCUGGGCAGGGGAGGAAGAAAAGCAGGAAGAUUCAUCUGCUGUCCCAAGUUUUGAAGUCACACCUGAAACGAAGACCCAAGAGAUGGAGGAACAGCAAACCCACUGCAAGCAGUGGUUGUCUGAAUGGGCAACGGAAUGAAAUGGCUACUCCUUUGCGAUUGAAAUGGGAGCCAUCUCUCUUUACUCUGGAGCUUGUGAACAGCUUCGAUCCCUGGACUAAAUAAGGGCACAUUUCUGCUUUUAGUUGCAAAUUUCCCCAGGAAUGAGGAGCACUGCAGUCCUAGAUUGUCAUUCUAAAAGUUCGUGCCUGCAUUGCAAUAUUUUAGUUCUCUUGGCUCAGCGGUCAGGAGAGAGGACAGCCAGGCAGGAUUGGUGAUUUUAUUGGAUAUACAAAGGGGCUGAAUUGAGGUAUAGGUAGUCCUCAAUUUUUGACUACAAUUGAGCCCAAAAUUUCUGUUGCUAAGCAAGACGUUUGUUAAGUGAAUUUUGCCUCAUGUUAUGACCUUUCCUGCCACAGUUGUUAAGUGAAUCACUACAAUUGUUAAGUUAGUAACAGUUAUUAUAUAAAUCUGGCCUUCCCAUUGACUUUGCUUGUCAGAAGGUCAUCACAUGAUCCCGGAUCACUGCAACUGUCAUAAAUACAUGCCAGUUGCCCAGCACCCAAAUUUUGAUCAAGUGAUUGAUUGCAGGAAUGUGGGAAUGAUUUCAAAAAGAAAUGACAGAAAAAUGGAGUUUGAUAGCUUGGUUAGGUUAAAUUCAAAAAUUAUUGAAUGUUUUAUUGCUGCGUGGGAGAUACUGGAUAUUGAGGGAGGGCUAAAAAAACUCAGGAUGACUUUAUAGAAUCGAAUACUUUGUUGUCCAAGUAUGAUUGGACACACAAGGAAUUUGUCUCCAGUGCAGAAACUGUCGGUGUACAUAUGUACAACAAAGUGAUAGCUCAUAGAUCAUAAAUCAUCGUUACGAUUAUUAAUAAUAAGAUACAAACAACAAGUAAUAAGUCAUAAGAUUCCAAUAAGAUGCUAGAAGAUAGUAGGAAUGACGAGAAGAUGAGAAAUAUGAUAGUAGCAAUAGAGCCUACUACAUGGGUACAUUUCUUAGGCCUAAGACAGUGCGGGGGGAAUUAAGUGUUGAGCAGAAUGAUGGCAUGAGGGGAAAAAACGCUCUUUGAGUCUAGGGGUUUUUGGCAUGGAAUGCC